AUGCUAUACAAGGAUGAUGGAGUGCUAAUCUGUCAGAGGAAGUUCACCAUGGAUCUGCUGAGAGAGUAUGACUGUUUGGCAUACUCUCCUAUCAGUUCCCCUCUUGAUUCUACUAUCAAAUUGAGCAAAGAUGAAGGAACUCUCUUGCCUGAUCCAGGAUACUACAGGAAAUUAGUUGGGAAGCUGAAUUUCUUGACAAACACAAGACUGGACAUAUCCUAUAGUGUCCAGCAUCUGAGCCAAUUCAUGCAAGCACCAAGAGAACCUCAUCUUAAAGCAGCUGUUCAUGUGCUUAGAUACCUGAAGAAAGACCCCACUUUGGGUAUCUUCCUGUCAAAUGAUCCUAGAUAUAAUGUAAAUGCUUAUUGUGACUCAGAUUGGGCUGCUUGCCCUGACUCAAGAAAAUAUGUGAGUGGGUACAUUGUGCUGCUUGGAGACAGUCCUAUAAGUUGGAAAUCAAAGAAACAAACUACUGUUUCAUUGUCCUCUGAUGAGGCAGAGUAUAGGUCGAUUAGAAAAGUUGUGGGAGAAUUAGUGUGGAUAAGGAGAUUACUGGAAGAAUUGACAGUCAUAUGUGCAGACCCUAUAACUGUAUUUUGUGACAGUCAAGCUGCUGUUCAUAUUGCAAGAAACCCUGUGUUUCAUGAGAGGACAAAACAUAUAGAGGUAGAUUGUCAUUUUGUCCGGGAUAAGAUACAAGAAACGCUGAUUGAACUGCAACAUGUUUCCACCUCUGCUCAAUUGGCUGACAUCCUCACAAAGGAUCUCACAGGAGUGAAGCACUCUGAUCUUCUCAGCAAGUUGGCUGUGACUUCCUCACCUCCAACUUGA